GAGUUUACGGUGGAUAUGAGUCAAAUUAUCUUCCUUGAUAAAACACCAUGAAUAAGAGGGAAUUGGUGCAUGUAUAUGAGAUAGAAGACAAACCUCAAACCUUAAUUCUAGUUUCACGAAUAUGUUUUCCAUUAUCCAAACAUCAAACAAACACCUCUAAUUUUCACGAUCACUCUUAUCCGUCUUAUGCAUUUGACUUCACCUUUGCAUGAGAUAUUUGUCUCAUCUUCGUCCAUGCACCACCACCAUGCUCACUUCAACCCUUCCCUCAAACUCUUCCAUCACCGCACUUCCCAACUUUUCUCACAAACCCAUCUCCCUCAAAGACUCUUUCCAAUCCCUAACCCAUUUUUUCACCGACCCAUCAUUCCCAACAACUCGCUUCCCUCUUCAACAAGCUUAUUCUCAAGCUCUUGACCUCUGCGCUUCCCAAAAAGCUCUUUCUCAAGGCCAACAGUUACAUGCCCGUUUCCUCAAAACUCAAAACUCCUUUGACACCGUCUUUCUCGACACCAAGUUUGUCCACUUGUACGGGAAAUGUGGCUCCUUUCUUGAUGCAGAGAGAGUGUUCGACGAAAUGACUGAACGAACCAUUUUCACUUGGAAUGCAAUGAUAGGCGCGUCCGUGUCAAGUCGUAGAUAUCUUGAGGCGAUUGAAUUGUAUAAAGAGAUGCGGGGUCUCGGGGUGUCACCUGAUGCUUUUACUUUUCCUUGUGUGCUCAAAGCGUGUGGUGCUCUUAAUGAGAGACGUUUGGGGCAUGAAAUCCAUGGUUUUGCUAUUAAGUGUGGAUAUGGUGCUUUUGUUUUUGUGUGUAAUGCGCUUAUUGCUAUGUAUGCUAAAUGUGGCGAUCUCGGUGGAGCUAGGAUGUUGUUUGAUAGUGUUUUGCUGGAGAAAGAGGAUCCUGUAUCAUGGAAUUCUAUCAUUUCCGCACAUGUUUCUGAGGGCCAGUGCUUUGAGGCAUUGUCACUUUUUAGAAGUAUGCGGGAGGUUGGGGUUGAGAUUAAUUCAUACACUUUCGUUUCGGCUCUGCAAGCUUGUGAAGAUCCAGCCUUUAUUAAAAUGGGUAGGGGGAUACAUGCUGUUAUUUUGAAAUCUAAUAUUUUCACUGAUGUGUACGUUUCCAAUGCUUUGAUUGCUAUGUAUACAAAAUGUGGUCAAAUAGGGGAUGCUGAAAGAGUUUUUAAAAGUAUGCUUUACAAGGAUUGUGUAUCGUGGAAUACACUGCUUUCGGGUAUGGUCCAAAAUGAUCUAUAUAGUGAUGCUCUGAACUACUUUCGCGAUAUGCAGGAUUCUGGUCAAAAGCCUGAUCAGGUGUCGGUUAUAAACAUGAUCGCAGCAUCGGGCAGAGCGGGAAAUUUAUUGACCGGCAUGGAAGUCCAUGCUUAUGCAAUAAGAAAUGGAAUAGAUUCUAAUAUGCAUAUCGGGAACACCCUGAUAGAUAUGUAUGGGAAGUGUUAUUGUGUUAAAUAUAUGGGCAAAGCUUUUGAGUAUAUGCCCGAGAAGGACCUGGUUUCUUGGACUACAAUUAUUGCUGGCUAUGCACAAAAUGAAUGCCAUCUGGAAGCCUUUAAUCUGUUGAGGAGGGUCCACAUAGAAAGGAUGGAUGUUGAUCCUAUGAUGAUUGGAAGCAUUUUGAUGGCUUGUGGUGGGUUGAAAUCUGAAAAACUCAUCAAAGAAAUUCAUGGUUACGUUUUGAGAAGAGGUUUAGCUGAUAUUUUGAUACAAAAUGCCAUUGUUAAUGUAUACGGAGAAGUCACACUCAUAGAUUAUGCAAGACACAUGUUUGAAUCAAUUAACUCCAAAGAUAUUGUGUCUUGGACAAGUAUGAUUACUUGCUGUGUUCAUAAUGGACUUCCAAUUGAAGCUCUCGAACUUUUCCACUCUCUGAAAAAAACUAAUGUUGAACCUGAUUCGAUAACUUUUGUAAGCAUACUCUCUGCAGCAGCUGCUUUAUCUUCAUUGAAGAAAGGGAAGGAGAUUCAUGGAUUUCUCAUUAGGAAGGGUCUCUUCCUUGAGGGAGCAAUUGCUAACUCCCUGGUGGACAUGUAUGCUCGGUGUGGAACCGUGGAGAACGCAAGAAAUAUAUUCAACUAUGUAAAACAAAGAGAUCUUAUUUUGUGGACUUCUAUGAUUAAUGCAAAUGGAAUGCAUGGAUAUGGAAAGGAUGCCAUUGAUUUAUUCAACAAAAUGGUUGAUGAAUAUGUUCUUCCUGAUCACAUAACCUUCUUGGCUUUAUUAUAUGCUUGCAGUCAUUCAGGGUUAGUAGUUGAAGGUAAGAGACUUUUUGAAAAAAUGAAAUAUGAAUAUCAAUUGGAGCCAUGGCCAGAGCAUUAUGCUUGCCUGGUUGAUCUCCUUGGUCGAUCCAAUUCUCUGGAAGAGGCUCACCAUUUUGUGAAGAACAUGCCUAUUGAACCUUCUGCUGAGGUCUGGUGUGCUCUUCUUGGGGCUUGCCGUAUUCAUUCAAAUAAAGAAUUAGGAGAGGUUGUUGCGAAGAAGCUCUUACAAUUAAAUACAGAGAAUUCAGGAAAUUAUGUUCUGGUAUCAAACACUUUUGCAGCAGAUGGAAGAUGGAACGAUGUGGAAGAAGUUAGGUUGAGAAUGAAGGGAGUUGGAUUGAAAAAGAAACCAGGAUGCAGUUGGAUUGAGGUUGAAAAUAAGAUUCACACCUUCAUGGCAAGGGACAAGUCUCAUCCACAGCGUGAUGAAAUUUAUCUAAAAUUGGACCAGUUUACAAAAGUUUUGAAAGAAAAAGGAGGCUAUGGGGCUCAAACGAAGUUGGUACUCCACGAUGUUUGUGAAGAAGAGAAAACACAGAUACUUUAUGGGCAUAGUGAAAGGUUGGCACUUGGUUAUGGUCUGCUUAUUACCCCUAAGGGUACUUCUCUUCGGAUCACAAAGAACCUUCGAAUUUGUGAUGAUUGCCAUACAUUCUUUAAGAUUGCGUCCGAAGUCUCCCAACGGACCCUUGUUGUAAGGGAUGCCAGUAGGUUUCAUCAUUUUGAAAGAGGGCUUUGUUCAUGUGGAGAUUUCUGGUGACCAUUUUGAUUAUUAUUAUCAUGUAAAAAUAGUACAUAUCCCCUCUUAUCUGGGUUCUUUCCUGUUCCUUGUGCUCGCUGAAAUUUCUCUUCAAAGUUUGUUUCUCUGGAUGACAUGUUAAAUGGACAGCAUGGGAACUAGUACAAAAUGAGUAAACAGAACGGGAAUACUCAGAAGUUAGUAAUACACUUUAAGGAUUAUACUCAUUGCCCAUUGGUUUGAGAUGGAAAAUAAUUGGCUAAUGCAAAGAUGCUUUGGUAAGUAAAUGGCGUGAGUUCCAAAAUUUGGAAUUUUGAUUCGUGUUAGUGACAAGGAGAAGAAGGAUGAAUGUAACUACUAAACUAGAAAAUACUUGACCAGGUACUCAAGAGGAGGUUCCUUUUUGUGCAGAUGUGCAACUACUACUGUUCUUAAAGAUGUCAAGCUACCAGCAAGCUUCCAGGAGGCUUCUUUAGGAAAAUUGUGGACUGACUUGCCUUUGGAGUUAUUAGUUAUCUUUUUGAGUUGCUCUGAAUGUCCCGAAGUCAUUGGAGACAACAAAAAUUGGGUGCCUUUGGAAUUUUUAGUUGUUCCAGACCUUCCUCACUUGCCUCCAUUAUUUUUAAGGAAACCAUUACCCUGGCAAUGUGACGUUGUGGGUCCAGUUAUUCCUUUCCCUGUUUUAUUCGUUGUUAAUGAAGUUCACCGUGAGUAUUAGAUUGAUGUUUCAUCUCAUGGCUCCAUGUGCCCCAAUGACAAAGAGGAACCCUGGGUUGGUUCUUCGAAAUAAAAUACUUUUUCAUCAUAUUGUCCAGUUGCCUUUGAUUACUCUCACACAGAAAAUGUAUAUGGAAACUCCGGUUUUACUGAUAUAAUUUAUGAUACAUUUAUUUUCAAAGUUUCGGAUAGUUCUUGUGAGCAGACUGAACCUGUUGGAGAAGAGAUGUUUGAUUAUCUUUGCCCCAUUAAGUUGAGGUUUUAUGCUCCUACGAAGAAGUUUGAACAUCAGAGUUUAAAGACAUACACUUAUGGGAAAGGAAGAUGUCUAGAUAGCAAAAAGUUUUGGAUUGUUAUAGGGAAUUUUAUAUUCAAUCUUGAUUUGAAAAAGUAGUUAACUGAUGCAUGGUAGUUCCCUCGUUCAUCCUCAGCUCUUUAGAACACAUAUGAUAGCAAAUGAAUUGUCCUCCACAAAGUAUGCUGCUUUUGGUUGAUACUCGGAGACAAAUUGUCUGAUAACAGUUAUUACUGUUAUAUGCAAGCCUUCCCUUGAAGAUGUUUUCAUUCAUCAACUGUCAAUUGUGUUUGCUGCAUUUUAAACUUUUGUUAAGUGGUUCUAAAGUUUAUAUUAACUAUUUAACACCGACACCUUUGAAAAAUGCAUGUAUGUGUCCGUGUCGGUAUCAAAUACCUGCACCGACAUUUGUGGUUACGUCUAAUUUAUUCAUAUUUUCAAAUUAUUACAGGUGGUGCCAUGUCAGUGUCGGGGUUGUAUUCGUUCAUAGUAUAUAAUGUUAGUUACAUAGGCCGAAGUCACCUUUGGCAAGACAGAUCUGUUCUGGGAAUAGCAAUUCUUUCCUCAAAACUCCUUCCACAUAUAUGCUUGGUCACACUGAAAUAAAAUCCAGUGGUCUGUUUACAAU